AUGGAAGAAGAUAAGAGCCAAGAAAAAAUUGGAAAAGAAGCAGCUGCAGAUGAAGAAGAAGAAGAAAAAACUGAAAAAGAAGUCGCAACAGUUGAAGAAGAAGGCAAGGAAAAAGAAGGAGUUAUUGUUGAAGAAGAAGUUGAGGAAGAAAAGGAAGGUGAGAAAGAAGUAGUUGUUAAAGGUGAAGAAAAAAAGAAGCUGAGGAAGAAAAGGAAGGUGAGAAAGAAGCAGUUGUUGAAGGUGAAGGAAAAAAAGAGGCUGAGGAAGAAAAACAAGUUGGGUUCAUGGAUAUCGUUGAUGAAAUCAACAACACCUAUACUGAUGGGGAGGAAAAUAGUGAAAAGGAUACUUGAAUGCUAA